AUGCGCCGGGCGCGGCGGCGCCUCCCUGCAUCCAAGCCGCUCGUCUUUUUCCUCCAGCUGAGAACGCCACUGCACUCGCGGGCCGCGAUGGGGGGCCCCGGCACUGCGGCGUCGCACUCGCCCCUGGGCCUGUGCGCCCUGGUGCUGGCGCUUCUGGGCGCGGUGCCUACAGGCACCCGGGCUCAGCCGUACCACGGCGAGAAGGGCAUCUCGGUACCGGACCACGGCUUCUGCCAGCCCAUCUCCAUCCCGUUGUGCACGGAUAUCGCCUACAACCAGACCAUCCUGCCCAACCUGCUGGGCCACACGAACCAAGAGGACGCCGGUCUCGAGGUGCACCAGUUCUACCCGCUGGUGAAGGUGCAGUGUUCUCCCGAGCUGCGCUUCUUUUUAUGCUCCAUGUACGCGCCCGUUUGCACGGUGCUCGACCAAGCCAUUCCUCCGUGCCGCUCCCUGUGCGAGCGCGCCCGCCAAGGCUGCGAGGCUCUCAUGAACAAGUUCGGCUUCCAGUGGCCUGAGCGGCUGCGCUGCGAGAACUUCCCGGUGCACGGCGCCGGCGAGAUCUGCGUGGGCCAGAACACGUCCGACGGCUCCGGGGGCGCGGGCGGCAGUCCCACCGCCUACCCUACUGCUCCCUACCUGCCAGACCCGCCUUUCACUGCCAUGCCCCCCUCAGAUGGCAGAGGCCGGUGGUCUUUCCCCUUCUCGUGCCCGCGCCAGCUCAAAGUGCCCCCUUACCUGGGCUACCGCUUCCUAGGUGAGCGCGACUGCGGUGCCCCGUGUGAGCCCGGCCGUGCUAACGGCCUUAUGUACUUUAAAGAGGAGGAGAGGCGUUUCGCCCGCCUCUGGGUAGGUGUGUGGUCGGUGCUGUGCUGCGCCUCGACGCUCUUCACGGUGCUCACCUACCUAGUGGACAUGCGGCGCUUCAGCUACCCAGAGCGACCCAUCAUCUUCCUGUCCGGCUGCUACUUCAUGGUGGCUGUGGCGCACGUGGCAGGCUUCCUGCUAGAGGACCGUGCCGUGUGCGUGGAGCGCUUCUCGGACGAUGGCUACCGCACGGUGGCGCAGGGCACCAAGAAGGAGGGCUGCACCAUCCUCUUCAUGGUGCUUUACUUCUUCGGCAUGGCCAGCUCCAUCUGGUGGGUCAUUCUGUCCCUCACUUGGUUCCUGGCAGCUGGCAUGAAGUGGGGCCACGAGGCCAUCGAGGCCAACUCGCAGUACUUUCAUCUGGCUGCAUGGGCUGUGCCGGCGGUCAAGACAAUCACUAUCUUGGCCAUGGGCCAGGUGGACGGGGACCUACUCAGUGGAGUGUGCUACGUGGGCCUGUCUAGUGUGGAUGCGUUGCGUGGCUUCGUGCUGGCGCCCCUGUUCGUCUACCUCUUCAUCGGCACGUCCUUCCUGCUGGCCGGCUUCGUGUCGCUCUUCCGCAUCCGCACCAUCAUGAAGCACGACGGCACCAAGACCGAGAAGCUGGAGAAGCUCAUGGUGCGCAUCGGCGUCUUCAGCGUGCUCUACACGGUGCCCGCCACCAUCGUGCUGGCCUGCUACUUCUACGAGCAGGCCUUCCGCGAGCAUUGGGAGCGCACCUGGCUCCUACAGACCUGCAAGAGCUACGCUGUGCCCUGCCCUCCGGGCCACUUCCCGCCCAUGAGCCCCGACUUUACAGUCUUCAUGAUCAAGUACCUGAUGACCAUGAUCGUGGGCAUCACUACCGGCUUCUGGAUCUGGUCUGGCAAGACCCUGCAGUCAUGGCGUCGUUUCUACCACAGACUCAGCCACAGCAGCAAGGGGGAGACUGCGGUAUGAGCCCCGGUCCUUCUCCUACCUGUGUCUCUUCUGCCUCCUUGUAGGAGGAGAGGCAUCGUAGGGAAAGAACUGCUGGGUGGAGACUUGUUCCUGUAGGCUAACCCCUCCACAGAGCUUUAACGUGGAAGUGAGAAGUCACUUGGAGGUGAGAAGAUUUGGGGUUAGAGGUGGUUUUGAGAGGAGGCCUGAGUGGAAAGUCAAAAGGCAGUGCGGAUGAAAAGACUUCUGGCUAAGACUGGCAGGAUGGUGCUAACUGUGAAAGAUAGAGGCCGACUAGGGCCUUGGGGGAAAGGUUGACAUCAGCAGAGACUUGGUGAGUUCUUCCCGGCGCCAGAGCUGAGCCAGGGUUGAGCCCAAUCCCUGCUGCAAGGCAAGUGGCUGUCCUCACUCCAGUGAGGCCAGGGGAGGGGGAGAUAGCGUUCUGUCUGCAGCCUGGGCUUUGUUGGGAAGAUGGGGGCCCCCUGUGGUGCCCUUGUCAAGCGUUGGUCAAACCAUAAUCUCUUUUCACUGUGACCAAACUGGAGCCCAGAUGGGUUAAUUUCCAGGGUCAGACAUUACAGUCCGCCUCCCCGACCCCCUCCCGCCUGUUUUUCCUCCCCUACUCCUGUCAAGUCUAGUGAAAUAAGCGUUUGGAAGGCCGGGGAGGCCUGCCUGUUAGAAUCCUAAUGCGAAGAUGAAGACGCGAAAGAAGUCGGUAACGUUUCCGAGAGGAGGCCAAGGAGAUGAGUGGUAGGUAGUUCUGCUACGUUUUUCCUUUUUCUUGGGAAGGCAGAAGGCAGAAAGAAAAAGAAUGUUUUCUUUGGUUUCAUACCCUGAAAAGAAGUGAUGACUUGUUGCUUUUCAAAAUAGGAAUGCAUUUCCCCCCUGUCUUUGUUGUAAGAGACAAAGCGGGAAACAAAAGUGUCUCCCUGAGGAAAGGCUUAACUGUGAAGGCAGCAGCUUUUAUAGGCAAAGCAGCAGAAAUCUGAGGUUUCCCUUGGGUUGUUAAUUUGGUUGAGAUAAACAUUCCUUUUUAAGGAAAAGCUAAGGGCAGUGCGCUUUCGUACCCAUUCAGCCAAAGGUUCUGACUUGAAUAAAGGAAAUGCAAGGA